AUGACAAUAAGUAAAAAAGAUUUUAUUAAAUUUAUUCAUGUUUCCUUAACAAUAUAUUAUGGUUCUCUAUUAUCUAUUGCUUUUCAUCUGCUCAUAGAUGGUGUAUUACAAACAUUUAUAGAGAAACAUGAUGAUACUGCUGAAUAUUAUCCAAUACGUACUAUAUUGUAUGGUUUAUUUGAAAUUAUUGUUUUAUGUUUUUUAAUUUAUGCUACAUGGAAAAAUCUACCAUUAUUACUCAUUUUAGCCAUCCUAUUUCUUAUUCUUCUAUCAAUUGUUAUUGCCACAAUGGAAAUAAUAUUUACUAUUUUAUACCAUACAGCACCUGACAUUCGAACAACAGAUAUCCAGUAUUAUUUACUUACCCAUAAAGUUAUUCGAUUAAGUGUACAGUUACUUUUUAAUUUAUUUUCAAUAUUAGCAACACUCUUUUUAUAUUAUCAUAGUAAAAGACCAAAUAAGGAACAAAAAGAUUUAAUUAUAGCAAAAAAUUCUGUUACUCAUUGA